AUGGAGUAUACCGAACGUCCGCAAGAGUAUCCCCAGGAGUAUCUUCAGGAGUAUCCCACUGCGUCUCCCCAUCCGUGCGAGUCCUGUGUCAUUUGCGGCGAUGACGUGCUCGGGACGGUAGUCCGCCUCCGAUGCGGACACGGUCUCGACAUGGCCUGCCUACAGGCGAUGUUCGAACGGGCAACGGCGGAUGAAUCGCUCUUCCCUCCCCAGUGCUGCAAACGCGUCGUCGAACUCCCGGACGUCGAGCGGUUCCUCAGCCGGGCCCUCAUCGAUCGCUUCCAGGAGAAGACGCGGGAGUUCAGCACCGCAAACAGGGUGUACUGCUACAACCCAUACUGCUCGGCCUUCCUCGGGGCCGCCACACUCUCCCCCACAGCGCUGCGCUGCUCUGCGUGCGCGUCUACCACGUGCGCGAGCUGCAAGGAGCAAGCACAUCCGCGGGCGGGCUGCCGCUCCGCCGGGGACGAUGCGCUGCUCAGCCUGGCGAAGGAGAAUGAAUGGCAGAGAUGCGCUGGGUGCCAGUACCUCGUCGAGCGCUCGGGUGGCUGCCCCCAUAUGCAAUGCCGCUGCGGGGCCCAGUUUUGUUACCUGUGCGGGAAGGAGUGGGGGAAAUGCACCGGGUCUUGCCCGCGACGAUGA